CUGGGGUUUUUUUCAUAUUUUUUUAUCAACUUCCUUCCUGCUCUAACUGCCAAAGCUCAAAGCUGAGAGCUGAGAGCGGAGAGGGACCCCAGACGCAGACGCUAACCAACAGGUGAUCAUGACUGAGAAAACCCCAGAGCCACAUGUGGAGGAAGAUGAUGAUGAACUGGAUGACAAACUGAAUUACAAGCCCCCACCGCAGAAAACACUUCAGGAGCUGCAGGAGCUGGACAAGGAUGAUGAAAGCCUUGCUAAGUACAAGAAAUCUCUGCUGGGGGACGGGCCUGUGGUGGCAGACCCAACAGCUCCCAAUGUAGUAGUCACCCGACUAACUCUAGUAUGCAGCUCUGCUCCGGGGCCAAUCACAAUGGACCUGACUGGGGACCUUGUGGCACUCAAGAAAGAGAACUUUGUAUUAAAGGAAGGAGUUGAAUACAGAGUUAAGAUCCACUUCAAAGUGAAUAGGGACAUUGUGUCUGGACUGAAAUAUGUACAGCAUACCUACCGAACGGGCGUGAAAGUGGAUAAAGCCACAUUCAUGGUUGGUAGUUAUGGGCCACGGCCAGAGGAGUAUGAAUUCCUGACACCUAUUGAAGAGGCCCCCAAGGGCAUGCUUGCUCGGGGCACCUAUCACAACAAGUCCUUCUUCACCGAUGACGACAAGCAUGACCAUCUCACCUGGGAAUGGAAUCUGUCCAUUAAGAAGGAUUGGACAGAAUGAGCUCACACCCUCCUUGCCUUCCCCUUCUUGCCCUUUGCCUAUUGCACUAGUAUCCCUGUGUGCCAGGCCCUGGACCCUGCACAUCAUGCUGCUUUCUGUCACAAGUUUUAGAGCUCUUGUUGCCCUCUUCCAUUACAGGAGCGUCUGCACAAGCAGGUGUUUACAGAGGCCUGUGGGCAGGCUCUGCAUCUCCUGCUACUACACUGAAAAAAACCAGUCCAUCUUCAACACAGACCCUUUGUGGCACACAAACAGGAAACCAGGGAAUGUCUCCAACCCUGCUGUUCCCUCUUUUGCAUCAAACCUGGACCCUGAAAGUGCCUUUUCUAGGAACCACAUUAACAGUACCUGCUUCAUAAUGAUUUUGGCAGAGCAGAUCGUCUGUUAAAAGAUCCCCAACAGAGUUAUCUUUGCUCUGUACUCCAACUCAUUGUAAAUGGCUCUUCCUAUUCCAUUAUGGUACUUUGUCUGGGUCUAUUGCUCAAGUCCAUUUACGUCUUGACUUUUAAAGGCAAAAACCAAUCAGUAAUAUUCAAUUAGCUGUUGUGACCUGUAAAGACUCCAGUGUCCCAAAAAUAAAGCCAUUUUCUUUCCUUU